UUCGCCUGUUUGGGCACUUUAAAGUAUUUCAGAAAACUUACACGAAUAUUUCAUUCGCAUAACGAUUUUCGUGUAUUAAAUGUAUGUCUCUCUCUUUAUUCUUGUGAUGCUGGUCGCCUUUGGCAGUCACCAGUCUAACGCGCAUAACUCCUCGACUUAUGAACUUUUAGACAAAUCAACUGGAUAAACUCUCACCUGUUUGAUGUGCGAGCAAGGAUACCAUCUCGUCCAGCACUGCUCUGCCACCCACCCCACAAAGUGUGCGCUGUGCAACCAUGGUCUUUAUACCGAGUUUUGGAAUUUUGUCGCCAACUGUCUAAUAUGUGACACCUGCGCUGACAACCAAGUUAUCUCACACCAGUGCUCACCUUCUCAAAACACCAAGUGCGUUUGCAAAGAGGGCUACUUCUGGAAUAGGUACUUCUGUCAGAGACACAAAAUGUGUGGCUCUGGAUACGGCGUAAAGACAAAAGGCACACCAUAUGAAGACACCGAAUGUGAGCUUUGUCAGAGAGGAUUCUACGCAGCUGGAAAACCAGGACAUGCUACCCUUCAGCAGUACACCGACUGUAAAACGAACGGCCUGAUAACGGUUCUCAAGGGCAAGACAUGGCAUGAUGCUAUCUGCGCUUCCUGUGAUAACGUCCAUAAAGGUGAUCCAAAAAAAUCUUACAUUCUAAAUCGUUUGCAUUACAUCUUACCAAAAUAUGUAUAUGUGUGUUUGUGUGUGUCUUCUUGAUAUUAGGAGCAAAUCAUUCCUGAGUUGAUUUUAAUGCCAGCUCAUAGGUCUCCAGUAUUUCAGCAGUAUGGUAGCUUUACAUCCUCAUUGUGAUUUG